AUGAAUGGAAAUGUUUCCGAAUGGUAUAACGAAUGCGACAAUGCCAUUAGAAGGUCAGAAAUAGUUCCUGGAACUUACGAAUAUACAACUGCUGUUUCUUAUGGAAACGUAGGUGAGUUUGGAGAAGGUUCUUCAACAACAGUAGAUAUUGCUUGCGACAGGUUUCAUAUAAUUUCUAUUGACAACUCUUUCUUAUACGUGGAACAAGACAUUGAAAUAAAACCUUCUGCCAAGUUGUCUGACAAGAAAGGUUGCAAUGGAAUUUUCUAUGUCGGAUACCAAUAUGCUCCAGAAGUUUUCAUGGGAUAUAAGAUAUAUUCUAACUCUGACUUAGUUCAAACAGUAACAUGGGCAAACUAUGAAUGGUUCGCUUUGAGAAACUCAGUACAACCACAAGCUAGAGAACAAACAGACCAGUAUGCAACUAUUGAGAAAAUAAGAAGACUUGACCCUAACGUUCCAGGAGUUUAUGUUGACCUUUCUGGACAAACUGCAGCAGCAGUAACCAAAGUAAAACUGAAACUUAGAGUUCCUUUGUCAUCUUUCCUCAUCUUCAGGUUUUUAAGAUACUUGCCAAACUGGGCAGGAAAAAUUUCUAUCGAACUUACUCCAAGCAAAAAUAACUUAGUCAUUGCACCAACACAAGACCCAUUCACUCUUACUGUAGCUGGAACUGGUGGAGCCAAGUUCUGUGACUUUUGCAAAGACAAAGUUGACUUAGACUUUGGUUUCUCAAACCUCAACACUGAAGUAAACUACUACUUCAAUGCUGCUGGAACUGCUUGGGACCCAGUUAAGUUCACAUGCGAAAAGUUUGAAUGCAAGAGAAUAGAAAGCAGACUUGCAGUCUAUAUGUUGGACCCAGAUAUUUCAAAUGCUUUAGCUGCCAAAUAUAUUGCAGUUCCACUUAUGUUCCCUAUACACCAAAUAUCUGUCAAAGACUUUGCAG